GCGGCAUGACCCUCCACUCCUUUGCCGGCAUAGGUCUCGGCACCGCCGACCGUGAAACCUUGCUUCUUACUGCAGCAUCUAAGAAGGAUACCUACCGGAGAUGGAGAAGGGCCAAGGCAUUGGUCAUCGACGAGAUCCAAUAUGCGAAACCCGUGGUGAAAAGUAUCACAUUUUAGGCAAUUUUUAACCAUGCAUACGGCCACAAGACUUGCCUCAAGUGCUUGCUGCAGUAACUCAUGCUGAUACACAAGAUGCAGCAUGGUUUCCGGAGACUGGAGCAACAACUCGUGUAACUGGAGAUGCUGGGCUUUGAAUUGGAGAAGAUAACAAACUGAAUGGUGGACAAGGGGAGUAGGCAAGGUGGAUUAUGUGAUGGAUGGAGCUACUGCGUUUGGUCAUUAUGAAGCUUAUUUUUUUCAUACCGUGGCAGGGUCUUUUCAUGUCAAAGUUUUCAUUCUUGUGGAAAAUCAGUUUGGGAGAAAUAUCAAGAUCUUUCAAUCAGAUGGUGGAGAUCCAGCCUUCGAGACUGUCGACACGAAAUGGUGUCUACGGAAGGAAGGUACACUUAAUCUCCCAUGGGUUAACCUUAAGGGAGUAUUCAGUUGGCAAAGAUCAACGCUUCACUAUUACGAGGUCAUGAGCUCAACUCUCCCUGGGUCUACUUCUCAGAAAAAAAAAAAAAAUCUCCCAUGGGUAGAGGCUUCAACUUUGCUUGCUCAACUGCAAUGUCUGACAUAUUUUGAAGGUUACAUUCCACGUGGCAGAUAUCAAAAGCUCAGCUUGCCUUCCCGGUUUACGCCGGACUUACACCAUUCUUUAUGCCUUCAAAGAAAGUACGGAGGGAAUAGAUUGAUAGAUAGGGCAAUUGAGGAGAGUCGCGCUUUGGCUUUGUAGAGGGUAUAUAUAUUCAUAGUUAUUAGUAUCUUUCGGCAGCGGUGGUGUCGUCAACAACGGUUAAACAAUAGC